ACUCUCGUAGAGCUCGGUCAUGUUGUGAAAAACUCUCGCCGUUUAAUCAACUGAAUAAAUACCAGAAAAUUUUCUAUUUUUACAAAUAUAGCCAACAAUUUUUUUUGUUUAAAUGAGAUUCUCUCUUCCUGUGUAAGAAACGUUUGAUUUCGGUUGCUUGUAGAUAGUAAUUUCUCAUGAUAUAAGAAAAACAUCUGAAAAAUAUUUAAAUAUUUUUUUGACAAAAUUGAUUGAUUGCUCACUUUGCGGUUUGAUCGGAGUAUUAUAACAUUAUAAAUCAAAAUGGAAUCAAGUGUUCAAAACAACCAAAUUACAUCUAAUGUAACGGGUGAACAUGUACAACAAAAAUCUAUCAAAACAACAAAAGCCAAAGCUUCCAAGACAAAAGAUUCGAAAAAAGUAGUUAGCAGCAAUAGUGUAGCACUAUCUGCGACCACAACGGCGACGGCGACGUUAACAACAAAGGCAAACAUAACAACAGCUAUGGUGGAAAACGUUUCUUCGAGUAAUACCGUUAUUGAAGUUUUUGAAAAUACAACAACUAAUACCACAAAUCAUAGCCUAGAAACGAAGAAUAUUGAAAAACAGUCUAAUAUUACAAUAGAUUCGACAGCAAAGCAAAAUGGAGGCGGAGAACUUCUGCCAUCCGAAAAUGGAGUUGUUAAAACAAAAACUGUAAAAAUGAAAUCUUCUGCGUCUUUAUCAAGUUUGGCAAAUGGAAAAAAACAAUCGAAGAAAGUCAAGAAAUCCAAUCAAUUAGAGAAAGAGAACAUAUCAGUGAAAUCGAGCUUUAGCAAAUUUGAUACUCUUCAAAAGCGGAAUUUAAUACAUGUACGUUCAAGUGAUGCUGGUAAAGCUCAAGAAAAGUUCACUGAUGCUAAUGCUGAAAAAAAGCAAGAUUGUCGUGUUUGCCAGAAAGAGGUUUAUAAAAUGGAAGAAAUCAAGGCAGAAAAAAGUAUUUAUCACAAGAACUGUUUCCGUUGUCAUGAAUGUGAAAAGCAAUUAAAGGUAGAUAACUAUCAAAGUCAUGAAGGUGUUUUGUAUUGCAAAGCACACUUUAAAUCCCUUUUUAUGCCAAAGGUUGUAGAGGAAACACCUGAAGACAAACCCAGAAAGCCGGAAUUAAUUAUACGUGAAAAUCAACCCCUAGAAUUACCCCCUGAUGUUGUUCGAGCAUCCGAUAAACCUGAUCUUGGGUUAGAAGAACUUCAACAAAUAAACAUACGCUCCAAAUUCGAGGCUUUCGAAAAAUCUCAAGUAGAGAAUGAUGACAACAGAACUUUGGAGCGCACUCCAAGUAUGACCGGUGUCAAACGAAGUGCUUCAAUUCUGUCAAAAUUAGCCAAAUUUCAAGCAAAAGCCAACAGUGUCAACAAUGGAAGCGAUGAUCCGGAUUUAAUCCCUUACGAAAAAGAAUCAGAUUCAGAUGGUGAAUCAUCGGAUGGCGAUGAUGCUGAAAGUGACCCAGAUUUAGUGAGAGCUAAACGAUCUCAACGUGAACGUCCUGUUGGUUUAGGCAAUAUGAAUGACAUUAAGAGUAAAUUUGAAACGGGUCACAUUAUGUCAAAGGAAGAACGACGGGAAGAACGCAAACAAGAAAUUCAAAAUAUCCGAUCACGUUUAUUUAUGGGUAAACAAGCGAGAAUUAAGGAGAUGUAUCAGCAAGCCGUUGCGGAAAGUGAGCAUGGAAUCACAUCUAUUGGAAAAAAAUCUGAAAUUGAAAUUGGUGACAAGGCAAGAUGCUUAAAAGAAAAAUUUGAAAAGGGCGAGAUAUUCAAGGAGUAUGAUGAAACUGCCCGAGUACCCGAAGAUGAACUUGAAGUCUUUGAAUCAGCGAUAAGUAAGAAAUCCCGGAGUCUCUUUCAGGAGCUCGAUGCAUCUGCAGUUAAAAAUCAACUUUCGCCAAGAAAUCGAUUACCGUCAUCAAACGAUCAAAGAAAUCGUUCAUUCGAUAAUCAAAAUUUGGUGAAUUCAAAUUCAACAGAUAGCAUUGUUAAGCACGAUGAAAAAGUUGAUGACGUACAAAUCGAAACAUCUGACAUAAGUUCGAAAUUCAAAUUUUUCGAGACGUAUAAGCCAACUGAAAACAAAAAAAAAACUUUUCGAAUUACUCCACCGCGAGAGGGCGUUGUUAAAUUCCCAACACCAGAAUCAGACGAUGAGAAAGAUACACAAAAAACGGUCAUUGAUACCGAGCCAGCUGAAAAAACUCAUACGGCUACAAUAAUGCUAAGCAAGUUUAGAGAACUAGAACAAACUAAAAAUAAUAAUAGUGCACAUUCGGGGCCGAGAUCAUUAAAGUGCUUUACACCACCACCAGAUGAAAACCGUCGAGUUUAUAUAGAAUCCGAAAGUGAUAUGGAAAAUAUGUCUGAAGAAGAGGAAGAGGAGGAUGGAGAGGAUUAUGACGAAGAGGGUGGCGAAGAAGAGGAUAGUGACUACAAUGUUGAUUCUAGAUCUCGCAAUCAUCUCGAGGAUGAAGCACUUAUACAGGCUCAAUCUGCUGCAAGGGCUAAACAGCUGAGGGCCAAAUUUGAAAAAUGGGAAGCUAGUGAAAUUCAAAGAGAAAUUCAGGAUGGAACAAUUAAUCUUUACGAAGAUAACUCCGAAGAGAACCAAAUCGAGAGUGCAAAAGCAAUACGAGCGAAAUUUGAGAACAUGAAAGAAACUCAAUCAAAACAACCGACCCGUCCACGUUACAAAGUCAACCGAUUUGUAUAAUCAUGACAAAAUUUUAGCAGAAGAUGAACACAACGACAGCUAUGCCAACAUUUUUAUAUAUUAAUAAUACCGGCGAAUUAUAUUUCGUGUAGUCAUAUGGGUUACAUUAAAAUUUGGAGAAAAAAAUUGUAAUUAUUUGUGGGGAAAUUAUUAAGAAAAUUAAAAUUUUUUGCAUUAGA